GGAACAGUGUGGAAUAGUCUUGAUUCAGUUUCGGGAGUUUGGUUUCAAAUAUUGUUAAAAUGAUUUGGAUUGUGUAUACGCUUUUUGCCUUGGAUUUGGCAGGAAUGUCCCUAUCGUUUGGGAUAAUUCAAAAGCAUGUUCUCAUACUUGGAGGAUCACUGUAUCAUGUUGGGCUAAUAACAUCUAUUACAGCAAUCCUGGCUUUUUUCUGGAAACCCAUCGCGGGUCGAUUAAGUGACAACAAAGGCCCUCAGAAAAUCAUGAUUUGGUGUUUAUUGGCAUCAGCAGUUGGGAACCUUGCUAUAGGAUCCAGCUACACCCUGUAUCUACUUGUAAUCGCAAGAAUAAUACAAAUAUUUGGAACGCCCAAUCAAGGAUUACUCAGGAGUAUACUGACGACACUUAAAACUGAAAACAUAUCAAAGAUGCUCAACAAAAUCGGUAUAGUAACGUCUGCUUCGUUGAUAGUGGGCUCUUUAGUUGGUGGAUUCCUUAGUGAAUUCGAAAAUGGAAUCUUGUACAGAUAUUCCCUAAUGGCACUAUUCAAUUUGCUCAGUAUCGUUUUAGUGAAACAAUUGCCUGUCGAUAAUAUCAUCCAAGAAGAAAAAUCUGACACUUCGAGUUCAUUCAAGAAGGCAACUACAGAAAUCAAUGCUGCCCUCAGAUCCAUGGCAAUGUUUUUCGUAUCAGAUAAAUACGGACAUAUCUUCGUCAUGAAAGCGGUCAUAGCAACCCUUUUCCAAUUCCGGCAGACCGCCCUUUUGUACCAGUUCACCAUUGGCCUCGAAUUCACCGGAAGACAGAUCGGCUACAUCAUCUCAGUGAUGUUCCUCUGGAACAUCUUCAUCAACCUGGUACUGAUCAAAGUAACCAAGAAGCUAUACCCAACCGACAAAGGAGGCAAACGAAUCCUACACGCAUGCGCUAUAACCGCCUUGGCCAUGGUAGGCCAUGCUUUGUACCCCGCAUCAGUCACCCCCUCCAUUUUCUUCCUGCUCGUGGGGGGAGUAGCCAAUGCUCUAAUCGACGUGGCUCUGAUGGAGUUGUUUUUGGAGCGAGUGGAGGAGAAAGAAAAAGGAGUUGCGAUGAAUUCUUUCGACAGCGUGGGGUCCCUGUCGGAACUGGUGGCUCCCCUGGCUUGUAAUGCUUGUUUGGGGGCGAUGGGGGCGCCAGUAACGUUCUUGGCGGGUGGGAUUUUAGCGAUGGGGGCGAUGGGUAUUUGUUUCAGGAAUUUGCGGGAAGGGGGGAUGACGAGAAUGGAUGAGGAAGAGUGAUGAGUUC